AUGGUUAAGAAAGUUGCUAAAGAUGAGGGUGAAAAAAGGAGUCUGCGGUCAAAGAAUGAUGUUAAGGAAACUAAAUUCGAUUUUGAUAGAGAAAAGUAUAUGAUAGAUGUUUUAAAGCCAUUGAAGGUGGUAGCAAGGAAAUUUAGGAAUGAUAUAGAAUUGAUGGAUCAAACACAGUCAAGGACCUCCGUUAAGGAUGAGGUGCAUGAAAAGUUUAAUCAAAUUUCAUCGAUGACUUUAGAUAUUGAAAGUAAUGAAUUAACGAGGCCUGAAGUAGUUAAGAAAAGGAAAAUAGAGGGAGUAGUGCCAACAUCAGAUGGAUGGGACAAAUUGGGAGGUAAUUCUCCUGGUUCAUCAAGGGAUUUGAAAUCACAUUAUCUGAAUAACUCCGAUCCCCUAUCAGAUGCAUUAUACAAGCCAUAUCACAAGAAGAUGUUAAAACAAGAGAAUAGAAUGUUGGAAAGAGACGUAAAUGAAUGGGAGACAGAAGCAGAUAGAUUAGAAUUACUUAGCGAUAAGCUGAAUAUGUUGGAUUGGCAUAUUUCUUUACCUAAGAUGACAGUAAUUAAUGAUGUGUGUGAUGAGGAUGAAAUGGAUAGAAAAAGAGAAUUGACUAAAGAAUAUAUAAGGAACACAUUAGCUAAAUAUGAAGAAAUGAAAUUCCAAAAGAGUUUAUUAUCCAAAACAUGUAAACGAUCUCGUAAGCUAGAUCCUAGCAAAGACAGGUCUAGGGUAUACAAGAAGGUGGAUAGGAAAACAGUUGAAGGGUAUCACAGUUCUAGUGAUGAAGAGGAAGAUGGUAUGAGUGUGAGUGAGAUUCGAAAACAUAGACUGGAUAAGAGGAUAAAAUCAUGUGGUGGUGUAGUUAAAAUUGGGUUAACGGCGGGAGCUAAAAAUAAAUUAACGAUACAUGGUGCAUUAGUGAAACUUACUAGAAAUUUUGCAAUUAUAGCUGAACCAUUAAGAAAUCCAUAUAUCAUUAAGCUUUCACUUGAUGAAAAACGAGAAUGGAAUAAAGAUAGUGAAGAAUAUGAGAGGAAAUUAACAUAUUACGCUCCAUUUCCUAAGCAAGUUGGUGAAAAGAAAGGGCUAGUUGUUAUUGAAAAUAGUACAUCUGAUUCUGAAUCUGAUCAAGAACUAGAAAAGCAACCACUGGUGAUUAAAGAGGGAAAACGGACAAGUUCUAUCAUUAGUGCCAAUUCUAGUUCUAACACUAGUUCUGGAUCUAAUAUUGACUCUACAAAUUAUAAAACUUCAUUUAAAGAACUACAAAAUUGUGCUACAACUAACCUUGAAGAUACUCAAAUAACCAAUAAUUCAUAUUCAGAAAUCCUACCUUCGAAUGAUAAGAAUCGAAUCAAAAUCGAAAACAGAAAUAAAGGCAAAGUAAAUAUCUUAACUAUCAAACGUAAGUAA